AAGGUCAGCGGACGUACAUAAAAAGAUAGAAAAUAAACAUAUAAUUCUUGGACAAGAUUUGCCACUUUUAACUCAAAAUUCAUUCAAUAAAAUGUUGUUCAUUUGUUAAAGAUCUGAUCAUGAGUGCUGUCACGUUAGUAAAGACAAACUUUCCUUUGUACACAGUGAAUGUAUUGGAUACGAAUCAUUUCAUCGUAGCUGGAGGGGGUGGCUCUGCAAAGACUGGCGUGCCAAACGCCUUGCAAGUUUUCAAACUGGACUAUGGAAGUAAAGCUAUCACAGCAAAGAAAGUUCACGAACAUGACUCUGAAAGAAAGGCCAUCAUGAACAGUGCAGUACAUCCUAAAGAAAAAUGUUUGGCAGUCGGCAAAGACGAGGAAUGUCAUUUGUUGACAGUUGACAUUAAAUUGAAGACGUCUGUUGAUAAGACAAAACAGGAUAAAAGCGAUGAUGCGGAGUAUGAAGUUUCGUUACUUCGUUCUGAAACAUCCGUCAAAUCUUUGGACAAAGAUAACGAAGGCGACUUUCAAAAGGUUGUCCGUUUUUCAAACAAUGGUGAACACAUUGUCACCGGUGGUUCUAACGGUUAUGUUUGUAUAUUUAAGUAUCCUGAAUUGAGUUGCGUUCACGAAUUCAAAGCUCAUGAAACAGACGUUGAUGAUUUGGACAUCCAUCCAAACGGCAAAAGAUUUGUGACAGUCUCGAGAGAUACCAAGGCAUUUGUCUGGAAACUUGAAGAAGGGAAGCGUGAAUUUGAGCUGUUUUAUAGCGGACCUAACGAAGAUGAAAAUGAAGAUAGCUUUAGAAUUAGAGCUUGCAGAUUUCUUACAAAUGAGAAAGGAGAGACAUUCUUAUACACCAUUCAAGUGCCUGCGAAAUUUGAUCGUCAAAAACCGCUGCCCUCAUUCAUCGUCCGCUGGGAUUGUUCAAAAUGGAUUCCACAAUUGAGUCGUGACGCUGGACGUGAACCGUUAACACAGAUGGCCGUAAGUGAUCAAGGUCGCUACGUUGCCGUAGGAACUGCAUCCGGUUCCAUUGCCGUUUAUAUAGCAUGGAAUUUAACGCCUUUAGUAUCCAUUCAGCGAGUUCAUAAUAUCUUUGUAACUGGCCUUUCAUUUCUUCCACCGUCACCAGCGCUGGAGAAUGCCGGGAAGGAGUUUGGAUUGCUCACGAUAUCAGCUGAUAACUCGUGUAAACUCGUCACCCUUGACAACAGAAAAGAGUUUGGAAUCGUCUGGAUAAUAAUUGGAUCUGUUUUCUUGCUCUAUCUGACGUUUUUGGCCUUGAGUUAUUUUGGCUUUGAUGUGUAGCGUCGGGUUUACGAGAUUAAAGGUCGUUGCAGUGAUGGAAAAUUUGUUUGAAUAUAGCGAGGAGUUAUUUGUGGAUUUAAUAAAGUAUAGCAAUGAUGAAAUGUUGAACGUGCGAUUGAAGAAAUGAUGAAUCGACUGACGUUAAAUGGAUGGACAGCAUUGAUUAAUAUAAAUUAUGUUGAUUAAUCAAUAAAUAUAAUAGCAUA